UCUUCCUCACUUCUAAAAAAAAGUCACCUGCUUCAUUCAAACAUGCAGGAAGGAGGAAGACUUUUUUUCUAAUUCUUGCAGGUUCUUUCCUGCAAACUUCCUCUUUCUUGUGUGUAAAAAUUCUUGUUUCAUUUCUCUCUUGGUCUCCAUAACAAACGACUAUUACAAUUAUCUUUCUUUGAUAAUUCCAUCAUCUAUGAUUGAGUUGCGAAAACUUCUGGAUAGGUAUCCUACAUUUGAACCGAAUUCUUUUUGGUUAAAAAAUGGCUUUCCAGUUGCUCUGGAACAAUUAGGAGAUUCUCUAGAAGAAAUACAGGUUGUUAAUUAGUUGGGGUGGGGUCGGUUUGUAUCAACAACGACAAGAUCAGUUUCAUACCCCAUGAGAACAUUGUGUCCAAAUUUGAAAAAGAAAGAUGGGUUGGAGACAGUGUUGGAGGUCCCAGUACCAGAAGAGAUGUUUAACAAAAUGGGUAGCAAUGCUUCCACACAAUGGCAGAAUAUGCGCAAUCUUAUGAGGGCUCAAAGCGCGGACAGAUAUUCAUCUCAUCAUGCCGCUGUUGAUCAAUUCAUGUUCUUGUUUAAAAUCAUUGGCUCUGCUCUCGUCCCUUUUCAAGUUCAAUUCGAUCAUGCUCUUAAAUUGCCUCAUAGGGAUGCUUCAAUGGAGGAUUCUACUGCUAAAUACAUAGUACAACAAUACGUAGCAGCAUGUGGGGGGCAGGCGGCGUUAAAUUUGCUGAAUAGCAUGUGUGCAGUAGGGCAGGUAAAGAUGUCUACAUCAGACAUGCAUCAAAGUGGCUCCAAAUGCCACAGUGAGGCUGGAGCGUUUGUGCUUUGGCAAAAGAAUCCUGAUCUGUGGGUUUUAGAAUUGGUUGUUUCGGGUUGCAAGGUAAGUGCAGGAAGUAAUGGUAAGGUUGCUUGGAGUCAGUCUUCCUCUAGUUCUACUGCUUCAAAAGGUCCUCCAAGACCCCUUAGAAGGUUUUUCCAGGGUCUGGACCCCAGAUCAACAGCCAAUUUGUUCUUGAAUGCUAUUUGUGUUGGAGAGAAGACUAUUAAGGAUGAAGAAUGUUUUAUUCUAAAACUAGAAUCAAGCAUAGACAUGGUCAAGACACAAAGUACGGCUAAUACUGAAGUUGUCCAUCACACAAUAUGGGGCUACUUCAGCCAAAGGACAGGUCUUCUCAUUCAAUUUGAUGACACAAAGUUAGUGAGAUUGAAGUCACCAAAGGGGGAUAGUAAUGUAUUCUGGGAAACAAGCAUGGAAUCUAUGCUUGAAGAUUAUAGGUAUAUUGAAGGUAUCAAUGUUGCUCACAGUGGGAAGACUGCAGCAACAAUUUACAGAUAUGGAAAGAACAUAGAUUAUACAGCAAAGAUUGAGGAGACUUGGAUGAUUGAAGAGAUUGAUUUCAAUAUAUCUGGUUUGUCAAUGGACUGCUUCUUGCCUCCUGCUGAUGUCAACAAGGAAACUGAAUUAGAAGAGCAAGGGAUGGGUUGCUGAUGUAACAAUUUUUGUUGUACAUACAUAGGUAGGAUCUUAAGUUGACUCUUUUUCUUUUCUUGUCAAGAAAAUUUUGAGGUGUUUACUUUUUCCAAUUCUUGCUUCUUUUUUCCCUCAUGAAGCUUUUCAAAAUUUCAUUUCUUCAUCAGGUAGUAUUAUCAUGUACUAGUAGUAUUUUGACACACUAUUAACUUUGAUGGUUUACUUAGUUGUUGGA